CACACACACACACACACCACAUAAACACUGACUACGCACACGCGCACACAGAACAGCACAACAUUCUUGAGAAACACCAGCUGCCAACUGACAAGAGGGAGCCAUUCUCCAGCCACCCAGCUUGUGAGUGUUGUUCCUGUUGCCUGCUGGCCGCUGUGUCCACCCUGAUUGGUCCCGUUUGAGAGCCUCCACUCCUCGGCACGCGUAGGGUCACGUGAUGUCACUGGCAGGUCCCGCCCUCGCCCUGCUGGCCUUCCUCUGCGCCCCGGGCCUCAGCCUGGGGUGCUUCUGCGACCACUACCCCUGGAGCGCGUGGACCGCCUGCUCCAAAACCUGCAACUACGGCACGCAGAGCCGCCACAGGAGCAUCACGUACGACGCGUAUUACUGGAAGAACAUGUGCGAGCAGCUCUGUGAGAAGCAGGAGAGCCGGGCCUGCAACGUGGAGGCGUGUCCUCUUCACUGUCAGCUGACCGAGUACGGACCCUGGUCCCAGUGCUCCCCCUGCGCCAAGAAACAGUUUCGGACACGGUCAUUGGUGAAGCCAGCCCAGUUUGGGGGCGUGGACUGCAGUGGAACGCUGAUGGAGGAGCGGGCGUGUCACCCUAGCACUGAGUGCCAGAUAGAGCGCGUGAACUGCAAGAACCGAUUCCAGUGUGACAACGGUCGCUGCAUCGACCCCAAACUGAAGUGCAACUCGCAGAACGACUGCGGGGACAAUUCCGACGAGAGAAACUGUGGUCGGAUCAAGAAAGUCUGCGUGCGCACCUAUGAGAUCAUCCCUGGCGCUGACCUCAUGGCGAACGGGUUCGACGCCGUCGCCGAGCAGAUGCGGGCCGCCGUUCUCGACAGCUCCUUCCUGGGCGACGAGUGCGUCACGAACCGCAGCCGGGAGGACAGGAAGCCGUACCGUGUCCCGGCGAACAUCGAAAGCGUCCAGCUCAAGGUGGAGUUGCUGGAGGACUUCAAAGAGCAGGAGGGGGAAGUAGAGAGUGAGCCGGUGGAGCUGACAUCAGGCACGACCGGUGCCCAGGGGCCCAGUACCUCCAGCUCCGGGUGGCAGAUCUUCAUCCCCAUCCUCUUUUCCGUGAGCAACUAUCACCAGUCCCGCAGCUCCAGCUCCUUCCGCUCCACAGUCAAGGCCUCGCAGAAGAAGGAUUCCAAAUUCUUCCGCGUCCACCAGGUAGCGGCCGUGUCGACGUUCAGGACGAAGCAGUCGAACCUCUACAUGUCUCUUCCCUUCCUGGGCUUUCUGAACGAUCUGCCCCUGGAUUACAGCUAUGCCAUGUACAGGCAGGUCUUCCAGGUGUUUGGGACGCACUACUUUGGAUCAGGCACGCUAGGGGGGGUCUACGACCUCCUCUACCAGUAUGACCGAGAGGAACUGAAGAAUUCAGGUGUGACGGAUGAGGUGGCCAACAACUGCAUCCGGUCAGGAAGCUCGUUUUCCAUCCUGUUCUUUUCUUCAUCAAGACGGGUCAAUACGUGCAGUAAAAAUACAAUGUCUGAAAAAUAUGAAGGGUCCUUCGUGAAGGCGUCAGAGAAGUCCAUCUCCAUGGUGAAGGGGGGGAGGGCCGAAUAUGCAGCUGCCUUAGCCUGGGAAAGACAGGGAGCCCUCCCUGACAGCACCACCUAUAAAGACUGGUUGGAGUCAACCAAAGACAACCCUGCCAUAGUAGAGUAUGAGCUGUUGCCCAUCCUGAACCUGGUGAGAGGGUUUCCCUGCGCGGUCACUAAAAGGAGGCACCUGGAGAGGGCGCUGUUGGAGUACAUGGAAGAGGUGGACUCCUGCAAGUGCGCCCCCUGUCCCAACAACGCCCGGCCCGUUCUGUCCAGGACCGAGUGUCUGUGUGUCUGUCAGACUGGCACCUACGGGUCCAACUGUGAGAAACGCGCUCCAGACUACACUUCUGACGCAGUAGACGGACGCUGGAGCUGCUGGGGACCUUGGAGUGAAUGCGACUCCUCCAUGAGGAGGCACCGGGUUCGAGAGUGCAACAACCCCGCCCCUCUCCGUGGCGGGAAGCCGUGUCAAGGAAGCAACAGGCAGGAGGAGGGGUGCUAUGUGUCCAUCUUCCAAAAGCAGGAUGUGUGUAUCAGUGAUGAUGAGAUGGAGAAAGAGGUUGAUCAGGAGGAGCUGGAGCCUAGCUCACCUGGAUGCCGCAAACCCAGGCCGCCAGCGAACAGCUACCUGAGGCUGGAUAAGAAGCGCUAUGAUUUUGGGGAGCAGGAGGAGGUGCUGUGUUUCACCCAGUACAGGAUGGAGGGAUACCAGUACCUCCGCUGCCUGCCGGAGGGGAAGUGGAGCGAGCUGCAGGCAGUGUGCAUCAAGAAAGUCUGCGCGAAGCCGUCCCUCCCCGAUGACAUCACGGCGCAGCCGCAGAAGGAGGAGUACGGGAUCGGGGACACGGUGGCGCUGAGCUGCGCGGUCCCCGGCACGGUGCUGUCGGGACGCCGCUACUACACCUGCGGGGCGGGCCUCACCUGGGACCCGCCCCUGCCCGCGGACAUACGCUGUGAGAACGAGCGUCCGUUCGUCCCCGACAGCAGCUGCAAGAGGGGAGAGAAGAAAGACGGCUCCCAGUGUGUGUGUAUCCCACAGGAGGAGUGCAGUCCAUACAGAGCGGACCUCUGCGUACUGGACGCAGCGACUGGCAGAGCUGUGAUGAAGUCGGCCUGUGCCUUCCACGCUGGCCAGUGCCGUGGAGACCCGCUCUUCUUCCUGAGCACUGAGGCCUGUGAUGGGGUUCAGGACCAGCUGGAGUGGGCCCGCUUCCGAGCGAGUGUGGCCAACCGCAGUGUGGACCAGAACCCCUGUGGGCCUGACACCUGCUAUGAAUGGGAGACCUGCCCUGACUCAAAGCACUGCGAGUGCAAGCUGCCGCGCGACUGUCCCAAGGACGGACAGCACACCUUCUGUCUGGAGGUCCUGAAGACCAGGAGCAGGAAGACCAUGAACCUCUGCUUCAUGGCCGCCAUGAAAUGCGCCAGGAUUGAGUUUGACAUCGUCCACGAAGGGUCUUGUUAGACGUCUGCCUUGGGUUGGGUUUGGCAUUGACAGAAGCCCGUCCCUAGCACACAUCUGGAUUAGCUUUUACCAUUCGAAAGACUGUGGAUAACAAUACAAUACAAUACAACUUUAUUUGUCCACACGGAGAGGAAAAUUGCCUUUGGCUCACAUGGCAUGACAUAGUAGACAACAAUACACAAAGUAUAAAAUAAACACAUAAGGACACAUAAGAAACACAUAAGAGCAUAAAAGAUACAAAUAAAAGAUUAAGAACCUUUUAAAAUUAAGAACAGGAUAAGAGCAGCAGAUCGUUACAGUGCAUUAUAUAGAAUUUAACAUGGUGAUUGCAUGGUGAUUAACUAAUAAACCCACAUUGUGUAUUAAAUAAAUUUGAAUAACAUAUCAGAAAUUGUAAAAAUGGUUGUAAAGUGAAUGAUUUUUUUUGUGCCAAUAAAUACCCUUAAAUUUGAUAU